AUAAGAAAGAAAAGGAAAGAAUACAAAAGGAGGGGAAGUAAAUCAAAAAGGAGUGUCAUCGGAGUUCUGUAGUGCAUAUAUAAACCCCCCUUCCUUUUUCUCUUUUCUAUUCUUUUUCUUUUGUUUUUUAUUGUCUAAUAUGGUAUUUAACUAUACGCUUUUACCUUUAAAAGAAAAAGACGAUAUUGAGAUUGCUAUUAAAGUAUGUAUUGCAAUGUAUGAUUUAAACUUUUGAUUUGUCCAUAUAUAGAAACCGAGUUAUGCAUCUGCAUGUCAUCGCUUUAUGCAUUAUCUUUUCAUGUUGAUGAUGAUGUUGACUAUCGUAUUGACUGUCUUCAAUAUGCCUAAGAGACAUGCUCAACCUAACGUCAUUUUGAUGAUCAGUGAUGGGUUUGGACCUGCCUCUGAAACAUUUGGACGUCAAUAUCAUGCAAGAAUAAACAAUUUACCUGUGAAGACUAUGUUUCCUUUAGAUCACAUCAUAGUGGGCCAAAUCCAGACUCAAAGUAGUUCGAGUUUGAUUACAGAUAGUGCAGCAGGAGCCACUGCCUUUGCCUGUGGUAUCAAGACAUUUAAUGGAGCCAUUGGAGUGGACGAUAGAAGCACACCUUGUGGUACUCUCUUGGAGUCUGCUAAAAUACACCGCCAGAUGAAGACAGGUCUUGUUGUCAAGUCUCGUAUCACACAUGCUACGCCUGCUGCUUUUUCUGCUCAUGUCAAUUGGCGUGAUUUUGAAAAUGAUAUCGCACAACAUCAAAUAGGACUCACGCCUUUAGGAAGAACAGUAGAUUUGAUGUUUGGUGGAGGAUUAUGUGAGUUCAUUAGCAAUCAGACAGACAACAGUUGUCGACAGGAUGACAGGGACUUGUUAAAGCAAGCAAAAGAUCAGUUUGGAUGGCAUAUCAUGACUGAAAAAGCAGCAUUUGAUAAGCUGGAUGACAACGCACCUUUGCCUUUGAUGGGCUUAUUUGCUCACCAUCAUAUGGACUAUGCCAUGGAUCGAGACCCUGCUACACAACCUUCUCUUGUCGAAAUGACCAAGAAAGCAUUGCAUAUCCUUAAAAAAUCAAAGCAUGGAUUCUUCUUGAUGAUUGAAGGCAGUCGCAUUGAUAUGGCAGCUCAUGUAAAUGAUCCUGCUGCCCAUUAUUACGAAAUACUCGAGUAUCAGCACACAGUGGCUGCCGUGAUGGAUUUUAUUGAUAAGCAUCCAAACACACUCUUGAUUUCUGUCAGUGAUCAUGAAACAGGUGGUCUCACUGUAGGUAGACAAGUGACUGAAGAGUAUCCUGAAUAUGAAUGGAACCCAGAAGCACUUCAAUAUGCUAUAAACUCGACUGAAAUCCUGAGUUUAGCCUGGGCAAAAGCGGUAGAGGCAGGAACAGACACAAAAGAAUUCCUGGUCGAAAUUAUCCUCAAGCACGGCUUAGGCGUACAAGACACAACACAACAGGAAUUUGAUAAAUUAUGGGCCUGGAAAGAGACUGGAAAAGGACCCGAGUAUUUCGCAUUGGUGCUAUCAGACGUGUUGAGCACAAGAGCCCAGAUUGGUUGGACCACGAUGGGACACACUGGUGUAGAUGUGAACUUGUAUGCCUAUGGUCAUGCAUCAAAGCGACUCCGAGGUAACCACGAAAAUACUGAAAUUGGUGAUUUGAUUGUAGAUUAUCUUAAAUUGGAUUUGGAUGACAUUACAAAACGAUUGAAAGGGGAUAAAACAUGGAAUGACAGUGUAAAGAAGAGCGUAUUCAACAAGCAAUAUCAGUAUCGCUUUUCAUUUUAACAUAUUCGUGGAGGAGAUUGGAAUAGCCUUACGUAAGGUACCCUGAAUAAAUUAUGUAAGAGAACUUUGUUGUCCAGCAAAAAUAAAAAAUAAAAAUAAAAAUGAUCGAGUCCUUUCUUUUUUGCCUUUAAAAGACAAUCAUAAAACCAAAUGAGUUAUCAU